CCCCCGCCAUAAACGAGGAUGAAGAAGUUGGACCGAAAGAAGGGGAAAUCUGGCGUGAACUGCAACCAUUAUCGAAACAAUGUUGAUGUGGUUUAGCUAGGCGUGCACGUUUUAGGAAUAAUGAUUAUGGAUGUGAUGGAAGAUGACACCUUAGACGUAAGAGACGACCACAACCACAACUACUGUGCGAGUCUUAGCGCCAGAGUUGUCUCCAGCAGCCCGGCGACGGACGGAAUGACAGCCCCGGAGCCUCUCAGUCUACCAGGAGAAAAACCGGGAUGUAGGCGAGGACCAGUGUUUACUGACGGUCAGGGACUGAAAAAUCUGAAAGACUCUAACUGUGCAGGCAACAAAGUCAGAGAGCCCCAUAACCCGGCUCCUUCGUCCGCAGUCGAGGGGAAAUUUACCGUCGAUUCUCCCUCAAAAUUCCUUCUCAAUGCUAUGGCUGUAGAAGACUACCGGAAAAACCACUGGCCAAACCUCGAAAAGGCAAUUGAUCGUCUUUUGGUUCACAAUCCAACAGACCACAUCUCUGUUUCCUACGCUCAGAUAUAUAGUUACGUCUACAAGUGUGUUUGUCAGCAGCACUCAGAGAUGCUCUAUAAUGAUUUGAUAAUAAAAGUAACAGCUCAUCUGCAGCAGGUUUCCACCCAUCUAGAAGCCAGCCCACCAGGGAAUGUCAUUGAGAACUUCAACAGUGCGCUGACCCAGUACACCUCGUCUCUUCAGUGUAUAGUUCCGGUAUUUAUGUACUUGAACAAGUUCUACAUUGAGUCCAAGCUAAACAGAGACCUAAAGAAGGAUCUGAUGAAGCUUUUUUCUGAUUAUGUUGCAGAAAAGCAUUUGGAAACAUUGAUGCCUCUGCUGAUUGAAGCUCAUUCCAUGCCAUUUCAAGUGCAGCCAUCAACAAUGGCCAGUGUGGUUAAAGGCCUCUAUAGCCUUAGACCAGAGUGGGCCAACUUAGCCCCAGCUCUCUUCUCAGGGUUUAUUCCCCAAAUCAACCCACCAGCUGUGGAGUCUCAGCUCUCUGAUUAUGCUGCUUACGACAAGAAGUUACAGAUGGAACUCUCAAUGAAUGGGUUUCCAAGAGGUGACCAGUCUCUCAAACGAGCCAGCAAUGAGUCCUGAAAGCAGAGUCACGGUCAUCAAAGUGUUGCCGAUCGACUGCUGUGCCUCCUGCCUCUUUAUCACUAGGUGGAUCAAUGCAAUAGUUACAAUACUGACAGUGUGUCAGCUCAUCUCUCCCAGACAGGUGGUCCUGCACUGCUAACACCAGAAAAUGAUGUCAGUUUUGGAGCAGCUUAAUUCAUUGCACUUAAAAAGCACAAUGACUUCUAUUAAAGUUUCUGCAGUCAUCAAUGAUGCAUCCAUCUCCAGUGCUGCUAAGGUUGUUCUUUCUUCUCUAUUAUCUGAAGAGUGCCUUUACUGUUUCUGUUCAGAUCAGAGAUCCUCUCAAAGGAUUGGUCGAUAAGAACUAAAUCAUCCCUAAACUUUCAUAUGGUGUUGACUUUUGGUGGAUCAAGCAAAUCAAGAACUUGUAUUGCAGCUUGUUAUACUGUCUAUGGGAAAUAUGCCUUAGUUUCACAUGUUGUAUCUGUAAUUUACACCCCCCACACACACACACACACACACUCACACACACACACACACUGAGUAAAGCUGGAGGAAAAUAAUGAGGUCAUGAUGCCAUCUAUUUGAUCGAUUUUGUAUUGCUGAAAAAAGUAAACAAAUGAUCAAAAUAAAAUUCUCU